UGCGAUCAGAGAUAGGUGGAAUAUAAUGACUAAAUUAUUCGGGUUAAUCACAAAGUUGUUGGUUAAGGCAAGGUUUUGCACAUUAGUCAUUGUUCGUAAUUUGAUCUUUUCGUCGUAAAUACACAUUUAAGUAUGCCUUUCUAAACUCCGUUUAGUAAGUUGAUGUUGGAUACAAGAGUUAAUUAGAACGAAGGAUUAGUAGUUUUAAUAAUUAACAACAUAUGUCGUGGGGAUACGGACAACAAUAUCACCAUCAGUUACAAGGACCACCCUCUGAUGUUCCACUUUAUAUCUGGGAGUGGUUUAAAGCUGUUGACCAAGAAGGCAAUGGAAGUAUUUCAGCAUCAGAACUUCAGCGAGCGCUUAUGAAUGGUAACUGGUCACCCUUUAAUGAGGAAACUUGUCGUUUAAUGAUAGGAAUGUUUGAUCAAAAUCAUACUGGCACAAUAGAAAUUCAUGAAUUUGCGUUGUUGUGGAACUACAUCCAACAAUGGAAGCAGUGCUUUGACAGUUUUGACAGAGAUCGUUCGGGAAAUAUUGAUGCUCAAGAAUUACAUCAAGCACUUCAUACUUUUGGUUACAGGAUUUCCAUGAACUUCUGUAAGUUAGUGAUGACAAAGUUUGAUCGUACUGGUUGCCAAGCGAUCAAUUUAGAUGACUUUAUUCAGAUAUGUGUCAUGUUGAAAUCUCUGACCGAUGGAUUUCGUGCCAAGGACACUGAUCAGACAGGUAUUAUAAACCUACAGUAUGAGGAAUUUUUACAAGUAGUUAUAGAUAAUACAGUUAUUUAAUAAACUUCGUACUUCUUGUAUCUCAACUUACAUUCCACAUAUUAUACAAAGAUAUUUACCACCAUUAUAUAAAAAAAUAUACAGAUCUUCUAAUGGUUUAUCAUCUUCAUGAUGUAUUUUUAUUUACUUAUGACAACUAUACACAGUUUGCCUUAAAAAUUGAAAGAAAAAAUGUUAAUGAAAAAAAUGUUGUCUUAACUAUUUAAGAUUGGAAUUAAUGUAUUUUUUAAUACAAGGAAACACUCCAACUGUUGAUGCAUGGUGAACAGUGCUAAAAAAAUAAUAUUAUGAUAACUGUGACAAUGAAUUCUAUAUUGUGAUGAAAGAGUGCAAGAAACUCCAAAUAUUUUUGAGGUUAUUGUAUUAUUUUUAACUUUUUAUUAUAACACCUUUCAAUUUCAAGGACAUUUUUUCUUCACUAUAGUACCAUAGCUUAAAUCACGCUAAUACAACAGAAUUAAUCGAUCUCUAGAUAAAGUGUACUUCCUGUACAAAUCUCUGAAUCAUUAAAUCCUGGUAACAAUAAAUCUCCAGACAAAUUGUGAAUGUUUAAUCUAUUAGAACUCCUGGUGGCAGAUACAAACCAAUUAUUUCAGUUGAUAAUUAUUCCUUAUAUGACUGUUGUAAAAUAACUGUUUCUGUAUUUGUUUAUGUCUUUACAGUUUCAAAUAAAUGCUUGUAACAAAACCA